AUGUCAGAAAUCUAAUCAAAUUCAACAAAUACUACUACAAAUAAUGGAGAAACUGAAGCCGUUAAGAUUGAAUGGACAUUUUUUAUAGCAAUUAUAGCUGUAGUUGUGGGUCUUGUAGUACUCUGUUUCUUUUGCUUUAAGUGCUGUAGCGUAACAAUUUGUGACAUCAUAGUUUGGAUUUUUUGCAAAGAAAAAUUCAAGCAAAAUGCAUUAAGACAGCUUUAAAAGGGUUAGUAAGCAAAUAAGUAUAUUGGGGAAGAGUAGAAUAAAGAAGUUUUAACUGAUGAGGAAAACACGGAGACUAAAAAUAACACUUAAUUUACAGCUUAAAAUAAUCAGACUAUGCCAGGAAUAUCAAUUGAAAACACUUUCUUAAAUCUUGAUGGUCGCAAUAAAAUAAUGUAGAAUAAUUUGGAGUUUAACAAUGAUUAGAAUAACUAACCCCUAGAGAUACAAUUUACCAAGGCUAAGAUUAAGAAGUUCUUUACAUCUCGUGGGAAUAAAAGACAAAAGAAGGGUCCUCGAGAGAUCAAUGAUUUAGAACAGUGA